AGGCGCGUGUCAUGGAGCUGGCCAAUCGACGUGACAGGUACAAGGUUGAUGAUAUUGCUCCUACCAAGAAAACCCAUGUUGACCCUCGCCUAGAAGCACUGUACACCAAGAUCACUGAACUUGUCGGCAUUGGCGAGGCAAAGGAAGAAGUAAUCACAAGGUUGGCAAACGGAGACCAACAGGAAACGACAGUAGUCUCUAUUGCUGGAUUUGGAGGACUCGGCAAGACCACACUUGCCAGAGCAGUGCAUGAUGAAAUCAACAAAGAGUUUGAUUGCACGGCUUUUGUUUCAGUGUCCCGUAAUCCUAACAUGGAGAAACUUCUCAAGGACAUUCUGUAUGGCCUUGACAAGGAAAAGUUCGAGGACAUCCAUAGCAAAAUGUUGGAUGAGAGGAUUCUCAUAGAUAAAGCCAUCGAAUUCCUCAAGAACAAGAGGUACCUCAUUAUUAUUGAUGAUAUAUGGGAUGAAGAAUCAUGGGAUAAGGUAAUACGGCAUGCCCUAAUCGAGAAUAACAUGAGAAGUAGAAUAAUCACAACCACCCGCAUUAUUGAUGUUGCUGAGCAUGUCGGCGGUUGCUAUAGGCUCAAACCACUUUCUGAAGAGAGCUCUGAAAUGCUAUUCUAUGGAAGGAUAUUUGGCUCAAAAGAUAUAUUUCCUAGGCAAUUUUCAGAAGUAUCUAAAAAGAUUCUGAAGAAAUGUGGAGGUAUUCCAUUAGCCAUCAUUACCGCAUCUGGUUUGCUUGCUAAUAAAUCAGAGAACAUAAAAGAGUGGUUUAAAGUGUGUGACUCAAUUGGUUCUGGCCUUGGAGGCAAUCAUGUUAUGGACAAUAUGAGGAAGAUAUUGUUGCUUAGCUAUUAUGACCUACCGUUUCAUUUGAAGACAUGUUUACUAUAUCUAAGCAUAUUUCCAGAAGACUAUGCAAUUAAUAAGACUCAGCUGAUAUGGAGGUGGGUAGCUGAAGGUUUUGUCCAACAAGCAGGGGACCAAAGUUUGUUUGAGAUUGGAGAGAGCUACUUCAAUGAGCUCCUAAAUAGAAGCUUGAUCCAGCCUGCAUACAUGGAUAUGGAUGGUACACCUCGUGCUUGCCGACUGCAUGAUACGGUGCUUGAUCUAGUUAUUUCGUUGUCAAUAAAAGAACAUUUCAUCACAACUAUAUUGGGCGAUGGAAAGCAUUCUUUGGAAAGCAAGCAUCAGGUUCGUUGGUUAUCUCUUCUGAAUAAUAAUAACACUGCUUGGUCUGUCAUGAAGAUGCCAAAAUUGAGGUCCCUUACCAUCUUCAAACCUGCUGGUGUAGCAAUUGAUCCGAUCACGCCCACCCUUUCAUGCUACCAUCUUUUGCGUGUGUUGGAUCUACAAGGUUGCAAUGUCGAGGACCUUGCAAGCCUAGGGUUGGUGGGGAGCUUAACUCAUCUACGGUAUCUUGGUCUACCAAGUAGUAGUAAAAGAAGUGCUAAACUGCCAAUAGAGAUCGGGAAGCUACGGUUUCUGCAGACACUGGAUUUAUCUAAAGCUGGAGUAAAAGAAGUGCCGUCAAGUGUUAUUACAGGUCUAGGACGACAAUUGAUGUGCCUACGUGGUCUGAAUGAUUCGGGCACAGACCUACCAUUAGAUGGGUUGGAGAACCUAACCUCCCUUGAAGUGCUAGAGUUGGCAACAGUAACAUCCAAAUGCAUUGCUAAGAAGCUGGGCCAUCUGACCCAACUGAGGGUACUCCAUGUCAUAGUCAGAUUAUAUACACCGGACGAUGAUGAAUGGAGCGCGUGCACAAAUGCUCUGGUUGAAUCCCUGGGCAAACUGACCAGAAUUGAAUCUCUACAGAUUCAGCCUCUCAGAUUUCAUCCAAUCGAUCUUGAUGGCUCCAUGGCGGAGCCACUGGAAAACCUGAGCCGGCUUGUCUGCUUCGAUCUGACCACGCUUCUGCCGGCAUGGAUUCAAGCCGCAUCGCUUCCCAUUCUCUCCUACUUGGCGAUAGAUGUGUUGCACGAGCAAAGGGAUGACAUCAAGGUCCUUGGCACGCUGCCGUGCCUUCGUCAUCUCGUGUUCAGAGUGAGUCUUGCCCCUGAGAUGGAAAGGUGUGUGGUUGGGCCUGAUGCUUUCCCUUGUUUGGUAAGCUGUGAGUUUCUUGUAAGGGGAGGAGGUGUGGUUCCAGGUUUGUUCCCACGGGGCGCUAUGCCAAGGCUCCAAAACUUUACGUUCCGUGUCGAACCAGAGCAUUUCCGGAGUGGUGGUGGAUCUACCGUUGACGACCUGGUUCUAGGCCACCUCCCGUCACUUCGGAGUGUCACAGGUAUUCUUAGCUUUACUCACGAUCUUGAAGACGAUACGAUCAAGAGUGUGAGAGAGAAGCUUGAGCUCGAGGCGGCUGCCCACCCUAACCAUCCUCUUCGCAUUCUUUUCAACAGAUAGCUUGCUAGUAUGGCUAAUGAAGGUGGGGCCUGAUGCUUUCCCAUGUGGUCGGACGACGAGGCUUGUUCCCAGGUACUAGGAUGAUCUUCGCCGCGCCCGUAUAGGGGUAUGAUGAUGUGAUGCUAAAUGAUGUAUCCAGCAAACAAAUGGUUGGCAGCGUGUACUGAUUCGGUUAACUGUGAGAAAACAUAAUAUCCAAUAACGAAUGCCAACCAAAAUUCUGAAAGCAUAA